GGUUCAGGACUACCUCAGCUAAACAGACACACGCGCUCACAUACCUGCGCACACACUUGGCACGCACGCGUACACGUCUGGCAGGCGUGUCUGAGCAGCAGCUCGUGCUUCUGAGAGUUGGGGGAGCGAGAGUGAGAGAGCACGCGCUCUGCAGUCAGACUUCCACAGAGCGCGGAGCGGAGCGGGCGGACUUGUGUCAGGGAGCUUGUUGUGCUUGUUUCCUCGCGUCCAGGAAAUGGGCUUCUGACAGGACCGGGGCUGCGGGCGCCGCCGGCUCCUCCUGACCGGAAAAUGAAGCGUCUCUGUCGGAGGCUGGCGGUGGCCGUGGCGGUGCUGGUGUGGCUGGGAGCGCUGGUUUACCUGCUGGUGUUGAGCCGGAGGAAGUUACCGGAGCUCGGUACCGGUGGCGGAGGAGUAGCUGGAGGCGGGGAGGCAGCGUACAACCAGAUCUCGGAUGCAGAGUGGGAGGAUAUGUUGGAGGGCUUUGAUGAGCGGAGUUACCUGAACGCUCGCCGCUGGAAGCCCGGUGAUGACCCGUACACGCUCUACGCCUUCAACCAGAGAGAGAGCGAACGAAUCCCAAGCAACCGAGCCCUGAGAGACACGCGGCACUACAGGUGCACCACCCUUCACUACGACUCCGAUCUUCCUCCAACGUCCAUCAUCAUCACCUUCCACAAUGAGGCCAGAUCCACGCUGCUUCGCACCAUCAAAAGUGUUUUGAACAGGACUCCAGUUCAUCUCAUCCAUGAGAUCAUCCUGGUUGACGACUUCAGUGAUGACGAUAGUGACUGUCAGCUUCUCAUCAAACUCCCCAAAGUCAAAUGUCUUCGUAACAACAAAAGAGAAGGCCUGAUCAGGUCUAGAGUCCGUGGGGCGGAUGCUGCGAGGGCCAGAGUCCUCACCUUCCUGGACAGCCACUGUGAGGUGAACAAAGACUGGCUGCCCCCCCUGCUGCAGAGGAUUAAACAGGAUCCAACUCGUGUGGUCAGUCCUGUCAUCGAUAUCAUCAACAUGGACACGUUCGCCUAUGUGGCAGCGUCUGCUGAUCUCCGUGGAGGUUUUGACUGGAGCCUCCAUUUUAAAUGGGAGCAACUGUCAUCUGAACAAAGAGCUCGCCGGACCGACCCGACCCAGCCAAUCAAGACUCCCAUCAUUGCUGGUGGCCUCUUUGUGAUCGACAGGUCGUGGUUCAAUCACCUCGGCAAAUAUGACACCGCCAUGGACAUCUGGGGCGGGGAGAACUUUGAGAUCUCGUUCCGGGUGUGGCAAUGUGGAGGCAGUCUGGAGAUCCUGCCCUGCAGCAGAGUGGGUCACGUCUUCAGGAAGAAACACCCAUAUGUUUUUCCUGAGGGCAACGCCAACACCUACAUCAAGAACACGCGGCGUACAGCCGAGGUGUGGAUGGACGACUUCCGUCUCUUUUAUUACUCGGCACGUCCAGCAGCAAGAGGCAAAUCCUACGGAGACAUUCAAAGCAGAGUGGAACUUCGGAAAAAGCUCAACUGCAAAUCGUUUAAGUGGUACUUGGACAACGUCUACCCAGAGCUCAAGGUCCCAGAUGACUCCGACUCUCAGUCGGGGGUAAUCAAGCAGAGGCAGAACUGUCUGGAGUCUCGCCGGGUGGAGGGCCAGGACCUGCCCGUCCUCACAUUGGCCCCCUGCAUAGGAACAGAAGGGGUCCCUGCAAUCAACCAGGAGUGGGUGUACACUCACGGGCAGCAGAUCCGUCAGCAGCAGCACUGCCUGUCUCUGUCCACCACCUUCCCUGCCUCCCAGGUCCUGCUGCUGCCCUGCAACAUGGCGGAUGGCAAGCAGCGAUGGCAGAAGUCGGGGACUCACUUGGAGCACCUCGUCUCUCGGUUCUGCCUGGACUCAGAGAUGGCUCUGGACGGGAUGGACUCGUCCCGAAUGCUGGUCAUCAGCCCCUGCGAACUGAGUGCAUACACACAGAGAUGGGAAGUCCCUUUUUCAUGACCUUCUGAUCUUUCACAUCCACUCUUCACCUCAGAGCUGGGCAGAAACCGCCGCUCGUGCAGACUGAAGAUGUUUGAGCAAUCGCGUCACGGCACUGCAUCCACGGGGUUUGAACAGAAAGUUUUUACCGCUCUUUAAAGUUAAGAAUGAACAGAUAUGCAGAACUGUGUCUGGUAUAAAGGUAUAUUGUGAUGGGUAGAAAUAUGGUGGCAGCAAGAGAUGCAUGAAAGAUGUGUUGGCUGAAGACGUUAGAAGUUUGCUUGAGACUGAAACCAAGUGCACCUUAAAACCCUGAAUUGUCAAAGUUGGAAUGAAACUUUGCUUGAGGAGAAGAACAUGAACCAGACAAUGUGUCCUCUAAUCUUUUACAAUGAAAGCUUCUGCUUUUGAAGCUGGUCAGCAGUCGGACCAUUUGAACCAACACAAGUGGUGUUUUUGGUCUGCUUGGUUGGAAAUCUGUCAUUGUCAGCACGAAAAGCACAAAAUCCUGAUUCAUGUGUUGAUUAACUUCAACUGACCUUCAACGUCGGGACCCUCAAAAGUGUAAUAAAAGCAAAGUAAAAUUAUUUUCAAAUCAUUUAAAAUCCAGAAUUUAUUCUUUUAUUUAUUCUUUUUAAUUAUGUAAUUAUUUUGAAUUUGAUGCCAGGGACGUACACUUUUUAGAAAAAAAAAUGGGGCAGUAAACAUGUAAUUAAAGAGUCCUAACGUGGUCGUCAUGGCAACUGUUCCACUGUCAAUUACACCUGACAUAACAUCAAAAACACUGAUGUGGCUGUUAAACAGCUGGUAGCUGGUUAGCUAACAGUUUAUACUUCGCUCUCUUUGAGCAGAUUACAAUCAUAAUAACUUUACAGUGACAACAAAUAUGGUAGACACAACAAAGUCGACCCAUCUUCCAUCUGCACCGACUUUCCUGUGUGCAAAGGAUUGUGGGUAACUUGACAGCACCAGGAAACACAAAAGCAUCCAUGUAAUUUCACCAAACAGAUUUUAGGACAUGGCAUCUAAGCAGCUUAGUUAAUGAUCCUUCUUUGAAUUUGAGAUGCAGUCUGUAAGCGUUUGGGAACCGAGGAGACGACUGCUGUUGUUUUUAAAUUAAAAUGUUUUAUCAAUCUUUAAUAUCGAAUUUCAGCUUCACCAUGUUCCACCAAAUGUUUUUAUUUAAUACCGCACAGCUUCCAGCCUCAUUUGCAGAGAAGUUUAAGCUUCCUGAAAUGCAACAAAAGCAUGAAUCUGUCGGUCAUUAAUCCUUUUAAACCUUUUUCAGACACAUCCAGAUAAAUUAUUUUUGGUGCCUUCACUGACCAACUUUAUUGUGUUAUGAAAACAUCAACAAAUUUAACAUUUAAUGCAGCAGUACAAUAAAAAAUUAGGGUGAGAGGCAAAGAAAGACAAUGGUUUAUUUAACAUACAGUAAUGUUGUUCUGGAAGAUUCUCCAAUCAGCAGAUUAAAUAGUGAUGGGUAAGGGUGUCAGGAUUGGGUAUAAAAGAACAUCCACCAAAGACUUAUUCUUUCCAACCAUGGGUGGGUCGUACUGUAGUUCACCACUUUGUGCCAAAUUCCAGCAAAGAAUUAACAGUAAAUUAAAAGAAUGUUUCUCACAAACUGCAAUUUUGGCCUUACAGCAUCUACCGAGGAAUAUUGUGCAAAGAGUAAGGGACUCAGAGGAAAUCUCGGUGUGUAAAGGCCAAGAACUGGUGUUGGAUGGCAGCACUUCAUAAGAAACUAAUAUGCUAUCACAAUCAAUACAGACACAUCAGCUCAGGAGGACUCAGGAGGACCUUGGAUCAUCUCUGCAUCCAGAAAAGGAACCUGAAACUGUGUUACAGAAAGGAAAACAUAAAUCAGCUCUGAGCUGAAACACUGCAGAUUUUUCUGGACACCAGCUUGUCUCAGAUGGACAGAAAGCCAGUGGACACGUCCCGAGGUCUGAUAAGUCCACCUUUCUGCUACUUUUGGGUAAAACUGACACCAGCUUCUCCAUGCCAAAGUUCAGAAAUCCAGGAUGUCAUCAGAGGAACCUGGAAAAGCCAGCAUCGGGUUCAUCAGCAUUUAUGGCACGGAAGGCUUCACACUCGUGGAUGCAGGAAUUCUCCCAGUUAUUCUCGUGGUUAUUUCAGACGGAGAAUGUCAGACUUCAUUCUGCUCAACGUCCAACAGCGUGGACUCGUGUUUGACUGGUCUGCUUGCCGUCUACGUCUACUACUGAAAACAUCUGGAGCAUCAUGAAAAGGAACAAAUACAGCAACCAGAAACUGUUGAGGAGCUGAAACCUUGGAUUCAGCAAGAAUAAACAUGAUUGCUCUAAAAAACUGCAACAAUGACUAUCCUUCGUUCCCACACCAUAAAAAGUCAUGUUAAAAGGAAACUAAUGGAAUUAGUUUUUUAAAUACAAUCAUUUGGUCAGUGAAGAUACUGAAAUUUGUUUACCUUGUUUUUGUGUUUAUUGAAUAAAGUUUUAAACAAAUUUAAAAAUGACAGAUUUAAGCUUCUCUGGAAAAUAUAACUCUCUUUUUUUCCUUUAAUUUAUUAGAAACAUGUAUUUUACAUUAAAAAUGAUCUUUAUUUUCUCACUCUCAGUAUUUCCUGUUAAAACUGCACGUUUCUUGCCAACGCCACCAGAUUUUAUUCCAGGGAAAGAAUGAAAAAGAAAGAGAGAAGAGCAAGACCGGGGAAGCAAACAAAACCUGGAGCAGGCUCUGCCUGAGCUACGGUACAGGUAAACAAAAACUGACAAGACACAUUUUUCGAGCCAAAGAAGCAGCCGACAGAAGACAGAAGAAGGCUUCAGACAAACGGGGACAUGAGAAGAAAUGUGUAAAAACUGAACAGGAUGAGUGCAGCUCUUUAUGUUUGUUGUUCUGGUGGGAGAUCCGACUUGUUCAGUCUUCAGCUGCUGCAUAAGUUUCACAGUUUAACUGAGGGGAAAACUGCUCUAACAGAGGUAACUCCGUACUGAGAGUAUAAUCUAAGUUUGCAGGAUUUUGAAACCCAGAGUGAUGCUGGCUUUUCCACUGUUGUGCUAUUCCAGAAUCUGAGACCUAUCUAAACCUUUUCUGGUCUCAUGCCUGAGAUGUUCUUUUGUUCUGCACACGAACAAGACAUGGAGUACCACACGACCUUCAUGUCAUCUUAUUCUUUGGGUUUCUAUCAGAUUCCAAAACUGUCUAAAAACAACAACAGCUGACCUAAAAAUGUUCAGAUAUUCUCUAGAGCUCCCCCAACAAGAGGCAGAGAUGGAUUUUUAUGUCCCACUUCAGUGUGUUACACCCUCAGCUGCAUCAUUUUGAUAUCUUGUCUGAUUCUAUAAUAAAGGUUUUAUGACAGCUGCUUCAGUUUUAUUGAAUCAGCAGAGGACUUCCAUCUGUCCACGGGAGCACACAUAUUCUUCAAAAUGCCCAA